AUGUCACGUGGUCUAAGAGGCCGUGAUUUUCCCAAUCAAGUUCGGCCGAGUACAUUCCAGUCCCAGAAAAAAUGGCGCAAGAUAGAUGUACAGCUCGAGACUCUAGCCCAUCAAGAAUAUAGUGGACAUGAUGGAAGACUAACUAGUAGUCUUGUAAGACGUAAACGAAAAAAGAAAAAUCAGCACGAUCAACGUGGCAAUAACUCGUCUCCAAAUGGAGUUAUUAUCGAAGAUAAUGGUAUUUAUGAUAGUGCUGAGCAAAGAUUCAAUCGUCCAAUUCAAAUGGAAAUUAUAGAGAAUGAUCUUUAUGUGAGUUCAGAUGACGUCAUGAAUUUCAAUUCCAGUGAUGAUGGUAAUACUGAUCAGAUUCCGGAAGUCGUAUAUGCCGUUGUAAAUAAAGGGUUUAAAUCUGAUAAGCCUUCGAAAGAAGCAUCUGUAGACAGUGGUUUCUCUAUGUCAUCAAAAGAACCCAAUAGUGGUCAUGACCGGAAGUUCUUUCUUGGACCUCAAGGCGAUGAAUAUACACUUAUACACAAAACAUAA